AUGUUUCUGUUGUUGCAGCUCUCGGGAUUUGACAGGGCACCCAUAUUUCGACGUAAGUCUGAAACGAAACACAUUUCAUGUGGAAGAGUACUUGCUGGAGACGAGAUGUAUAUUAAGAAUAUCACUCUCAAGCGUAUAAAGCUACAAAAUCGCGAGCUAAAUAUGUCCUGCAGUGAAAUCAAAGCCCGUAUACUACCUCCCAAAGGUCUGAAGAACUUGAUGUUUGGCGUCGCUUAUGCUCGUAUUGUUUACGAGGUACUUGUCUUUUUCUAUUCGAAAAACAUUUGGUAUGUAAUACGAAACUCUGAGCGACGAAAACAAGUUCGAACGUCCAGUGAGAAAGAGUAUGCAGAGAUUAUUCAUUAUAAUUUUGAGAUCUCAAAGGCAGACACGACAGGCGAAUGUUCAGAAAUCAUACCGGUUUCUGUGCCUACGACAAUGCUUGGCGCAGUGUUACUGUUGGAAAUUACAUUCUGCUUUCUCGCGAACUGAAA